AUGGCACCGCCCACUGGAAAGACUCUGUCCAUCAAGAAGAAGAGCUCAUCAUCAUCACUACUAGCACGUAAACAAACAUCCCAACACACAUUUGUACCGCCAGCCCGUGAUCUUCGACGACCAACGAAAUUGUCACGCAAUCUCCCAUUCCCAACCGCUACCAUUGACGAAGUACUGAAUGCUUCGGCGAGUGAAAUCGUACAUAGGAUCACUAUCGCAAGGCAAUGGAAUGCUGAAAUGGUUAUGAUGGCUUUCGCGUCCCGAGCUCUUGAAGUACACCAAACCACAAAUGCCAUCACGCAGCACUUUAUUGAUCGAGCUAUAAGUCGAGCUCGUGAUCUAGACCACGAGUUCCGACGCACUGGAAUAGCAAAAGGACCAUUACACGGAGUUCCAUUCGUAGUCGAUGAACAUAUUGAUAUAGAAGGAACAGACUCAACUAUGGGAUUCUCCCAAUUCGUUGGUAAUCCAGCUCCAAAAUCUGCACUGAUCGUGCUAGCUUUGGAACGAGCGGGUGCUAUUCCAUUCGCCAAAUGUAAUGUGCCACAAAGUAUGGCUAGUUUUGAUACCAGUAAUCCAUUGUAUGGUGUCACUACUCAUCCUUUGAAUCGUGGAUUGAGUCCUGGUGGAAGCUCUGGUGGUAUUGCUGCUUUGAUCUGUGCUGAUGGUGCACCUAUUGGUGUUGGUACUGACAUUGGGGGAUCGAAUCGUAUUCCAGCUCACUUCUGUGGAAUAUACUGUUUGAAGCCUUCUGGUGGACGAUUCCCUCUUGAAGGAGUUCGUGACAACAUACCAGGACAAGACGCUGUCAAGAUGGUGGUUGGUCCUAUGGCUCGUUAUUUGGAUGAUCUUCAGAUUAUUUCAAAGUUGUUGGUGGAAGAACGACCUUGGAAUGCUGAUCCUCGUACUCUACCCAUGAUUUGGGAUGACCAACCUGUAGAACCGAAGGCCAAAUUACGAUUCGGGUACUACAUUGAUGAUGGAUUCGUACGGGCUACACCGCCCUGCGCACGAGCUGUUGCUGAGACGCUUAUGGCACUCGAAGCUCAAGGCUAUGAAUGUGUUCGAUUCGAUCCACCAGAUGUCCCACAAGCUUUAAGAUUGGCUUUAGCUUUAUUAGUAGCUGAUGGUCUUGCUACCUUGGUGGGUCCCAAGGGAAGAGAUCCGAUGGACUCACAUCUAGCUGGUCUUUCAAAAUUGAUUAACAUGCCAAAAUGGGUUAAAGCUGUCGCUGUCAGAGGUCUUGUAGCUAGACACGAAAAUGAAGCCGCUAGUAUGUUGGCGGCCACCGACCCUGUUGAUGUGAAAAGACUUUGGCAACUACAACGAGGACAAGCCGAGUAUCAAGCUCGAUUCCAUGACGCCAGAGCACCCUUUGAUGCCAUAUUAGCUCCAGCACACGUACAUCCAGCUACACCAUUAGAUAGCUCUGGUGAAAUGUCAUGGGCUGGAUCCUACUCUCUCUUGUAUUCCUUCUUGGACUACUCUGCUGGUGUUCUUCCCGUCACAAAUGUCUUUGCUGACGUGGAUAUACUUACUGAAUCACACGACCGGAAAUAUAAUCUAUUAGAACGUCGAGCUUAUAAAUUCUAUGAUCCAGAACGUGAAAACGGUAUGCCAAUAGGAGUCCAAGUAAUCACUGGCCGCUACCAGGAAGAAAAGACUCUGGCUGUCAUGUCUAUAGUCCAGCAAGCACUUAAGGACUUCCGCACUCAGAUGUUGAAUGAGCCAGCCACACCGACUCGUCUCGCAGCAUCUAAUGCUGAAAUGAGUCUUAAAACCAUUGCUGAGGUUACUGAAGCUCGAUAUGCUAAAGAGCAAAGGGAGAGCAGUAAUAAAGAAAAGAUGGUUGUUAGACGUCGUAGUCUGACUGAACGUUUGAGUGGGUCGCUUAAACUCAGUAAGACAGAUGCUGCUGCAUUAAGAGCAUCCGGGUCUGAGUCAGCUGCCAACCAUGACUUCGAGCGGGAAGUAGCUCAAGCUGGUUUAACUGGACCCAUUGAAUUCAAGGAGAUACCUUCUCCAACGAACUCAUUUGCUGUAUCUCCAGUCUCAGUACUGUCACCAACACCAGUGAAGUUAUCACCAACGCUAGUGACAUUAUCACCGGCACCAGUCACAGAAUCACCAACACCAGUCACAGAAUCACCGUUGCGAAUGACGGCAUCACCACUACCAGAAACUGCACAGUUAGCGUUUGACUCUGUAGAAAUCGACCAACAGGCUCCAGAUUCACCUGAAUUCGGUGAAGUUAAUAUUCGUAAAUCUGCUGAAAGCAAACGUAGUUUCCGCUUCUUCUCGGGUCGAAAGUCUGAAGAUGCCAAGUCUAUCAAACAGUCUGAAGACACUCGCUCCAUCAAGUCGACUAAAUCGUCAAAGUCGAUACUCAAUAGAGGUUUCUGGCGCAAAUCGGAAGAUGUACCUCGAUCUGUAAUGUCUAAUGGCAAACCAAAAUACUGGGAGCAGCAAAUCAUCAAACAACGUAGACGAAGCGUGGCCAAGGACAUAUCUCGUGAAGAAGUCGAAAUGCGACAAUCCAUGGAAGCUGAUCGUAAAGCUGAAGAAGAGCUCAAGAAACGUGAACUUAGUCGUGAAGCGGUCGAAAAGGCUGCUCUCAAAUCACUGGCUAGUCGACCACGGCUCAGUCUGGAUUCUAAACGGCCUCCUCAAGUAUCUUCAGAGACUGAGAGCUUCUUUGGAAACAGUUUAGAUGUGACUACUCUAGAACGCAAACCUAGCAAUGGUGCUUCAGCUGGUCUCAGUCGUACUGGCAGUCAUACUUUAAGAAAGUCCCUUAUUGCUCCAAAGGCAGAAGCGACUCAACCAGCCGAUGCUACUUCGCUGAUAUCUACUCUAAGGGAUAAGCAGCCCAAGGAGACUCCCAGGCCUUUAAUGGUUGACUCGUCUACGUCCCCCGUGGAAUUUGAAGCUCCAUUAGAAACAGCAGUGGUACAACCCGAAGCCCUAGCAGUAGCCGUAGCAUUACUAGCACCAGAUGCAUCAGCAGUUAGUAAUCUAGUCGGACCAAGACGUGAUUCUCUGACUUCAACUCCAGAAGCUGCUCCACUGCCCACUGAAGAUCUUGAAGCUUUCGAUGAGGAAGACUUUGAUAGCAAAGCUCUUGAACGAUUGAAUAGACUUCGGUCGGUAUCUAUGGACUCGAUAAUACACUCAUCGGUAGAUAGUGGUAUUGGGCCGUCAUCAGACUCGGCUGAAGACAUCAGUGAGAAUGAGUCUGUUGAAUGGGAAAAGCCUCAGCUUUCUGCCAAAACGCUUGAAAUACUCGACGAAAUAGAAGAGGAGGAUUCUGAUGAACAUAACUCUAGUUAUGAAGAGGAUAAUGUUGCCGUAUCAUCGGAAGAGUCGUCUGAUCAGGAAGAGGCUGCAGGUCGAGCUUCAUCGGAUAGCAACGCUUCUGCAGGACCAAAGGGUAUUCUGAAACGCAUCUCAGCCUACCCGAUAGAACUGGAAUUAGAACACGAGUCUAGUAAUGAUCAGCGUAGAUCUCUAGUAGUAGAUUUGGCUUCCAUUCCACCGCCACCUCCAGGUCAACCACCAUCCAAGGGUAUUUUGAAGAAUGCUGGAUCCUUUGAGACUGAACGAUUACGUCGUAUUGCUGCUGGUACAUUACGAGAAUUGAAAAGGCAACCGACUUUGGGUGAUUUGAAUAUACGAUUGUCGUCUGAUGAUGACACUCGAGAUGAUAUAACGACUACAGCAAGGAUGUUAACACCAAGAUCUGCUGUACCGGGAUCACCACUCCCAUUAGCAGCUCUGCCUAAAGUAUCCAAGUCUCCUACUGCUGCUAUAAUGUCACCGGCAUGGAAGUCACCUACAAGUCCAGUCAGACAAUCUACUUCACAGCAAUCGACCGUCCCGCUCUUGGUUCAUCAAAGUAGUGAUGACGACUUGCCACCAGCUCGUGUGUCGUCUCUAAGUGCAACAGCUUUGCAACGGUACCAAGCCGUUGUCCCAUUGGUGAUUAUAACAAAGCCAGCUGCACCUAUAGUAGUAGUCUCGCCAGCAGGUAAAAAGUCGAUAGCCGUCAUAUCGCCCGAACUUGUUACUCCUACGUCUGGUAGUCUUGUAAUGUCGCCUCUAUCAGCUGCUAAAUCGCCCGUCUCUCCGAAAACACACUUGGAUGUACCAAAACGGGAACGUAUAUUAGAGGAAUACAGACAAAGUAGUGUAGACAGAAGUAACAGUGGUAGUGAUAAUGAUAGUCUACCCCCACCACCUCCACCACCAGCAACAAGUGAUCCAAAACUUGCGAAGGAGCUCUUGAAACUGUGGAUGGAUGCUAUGGGUGUCAAGAUGACUUCUGAUUUGAGACAGGUGCUCCAAUCCGAAUCGUCGUCUUCUCCCGCAACUACUACUACCACCCCAGCUUCAUCUGGGAAGGACGAGGACCGCAGCACAUCUCGCACAUCUAUGGAUGCAGUGAGUGUGACUAGCGCUGGAACAUCAACAUCUAGGAAAUCUAAACCAGCAUUAAAGUCAAUCGAUACUAAAGUAGCAGCUGCUCCAGCCGACAAGAAAGUAGAACAAGCUUCACCAGCUGCAACAAAAAAGCCCAAACAACGACCUGUAUCAGCAAUAGAAGGCAACCAAGGUGCACCAGGAUCAUCACCAAACCUUGCUUUGAAGCAUUCGGUAUCAUCCGAGUUGCUGACACUGUAUCUAGAAGCCAAGAAUAUCAAACGCACACCAUCGAUUGAAGCACUUUUAGCUGGAGGAGCUGAUGAUUCGGAAUCAGUCCGUUCAUCAUCUCGUUCCCAUCGCCGUAGAAGUAACGGUACUCGUGCGCCGAGAGCACAUAGUCGUGACAGCACGGUCAGCACUAGUAGUAGUAGUCAGCAAGUACCUCGAAAGCAAGGAAUAUUGAAGUCUGGCAACAACAGCAAUCCCACAUCUCCAACUUCACCACGACCACCUGUACCUCCCAAAGAUUACGACUAUAACAUCAGAUAUGAUACGAUGCCAGUUGCGCAAAGAAAGAGGUUGUCACGCUUCUCUUUGCGACGAUAUGGUCGAUAA